CAGUACGAAUGCCUCAAACAACUGCAUAUGUUGUGAACAACGGACUAACUCUUGGGUCUGGAGCACCUCAGCUUACAGUGCAUCAUCGACCACCACAGGUGCAUGCUGAGCCACCACGCCCUGUACAUCCUGCCCCACUCCCAGAGGCACCACAGCCACCACGUCUGCCCCCUGAAGCUGCCAAUACUUCUCUGCCUCAGAAGCCACAGCUGAAGCUGGCACGGGUACAGAGCCAGAAUGGUAUUGUGCUGUCAUGGAGUGUCAUGGAGGUGGACCGGAGCUGUGCCACUGUGGACAGUUACCAUCUCUAUGCCUACCAUGAGGACCCGAGUGCCACUAUGCCCUCCCAGUGGAAGAAGAUUGGGGAGGUGAAGGCCCUCCCGCUACCCAUGGCAUGCACUCUCACGCAGUUUGUGUCUGGCAGCAAAUACUACUUUGCGGUCCGGGCUAAAGACAUCUAUGGACGUUUUGGACCCUUCUGUGAUCCCCAGUCCACAGAUGUGAUCUCUUCCCAGAGCAGUUAAACUAGAGAUCUUGGGAGCCUUUAAACCUGUCCUACUACCAAGAAUUACGCCAGUUUGGUGGGGGGCUGAUCCCAUGCAUGAAAUUCACUUUUAAAUCCACUCUCUGCAGGAUCAUUUUAGACAGUUGUGUGAUACACUACAUGCAUUCAGAACCAAAAGAAAAAUAAAGUCUCACCUGCAGCAAGAGAGCCUGUUUUUUCUGGAUAGCUCAAGUGAUGGGCCAUCU